AUGAUGUUGCCAAAGUCAAAUAAAGAGACGAUCCACUUAUCAUUGGUUAAUUCAGCAUCCUUUGUAUUGAUCAAGCUAUGUGGUGAAUCCAACUACAUUCCAUGGAGAACCCAGAUUGUUUGUCUCCUUCAAAGUCACGAUUUGUUUAAAUUCGUCGACGGAACAAUUCAAGAAGAAGAAAAAGAAGAAGAAGAUGAUUAUAACUUGCAAAGGAAAAGGAAUGAUGAGUUGGUUAAAGCAUGCAUCUUUGGUUCUCUUGGUGAUCAACUUCUUCAGGAUAAAGCCAUUCAUGAAUUAGAUACUGCUAGACAAGUUUGGUUGGUUUUAGAGCAACGUUACACCCCUAAACCUAAAUUUGAAGGUGGUUCGCGUGUUGUAUACACUGGAUUAACAAAUUAUAGCUUCUGCCUUCCACUAUUCAGUGCUUUACUAAGUAGAGAUUGGGAGAAAGCAGAAGCAUUCUUGAAAAAAGAGAAAGACGCAAAUAUAGCUCCAAUCAACGCAAAAUUACAGACAACACUCCAUUUAGCUGUUGGGGUAAAGAGUGAAAAAGGCAACAAGCAUUUCGUAGAGAAGUUGGUGGCGAGUAUAGAAAACAAACAGGAUAUAGCAAGAAAAGACUGCUUUGGUGAAACUGCUCUUCACUAUGCUGCUAGAUUUGGCAACUUAGAUGCAGCUGAAAUCAUUAUAAAAAGAAAUCCUCGUUUACCACAUAUUUCUUGUAUGUAUGAUACUUAUCCAAUCCAUUAUGCAGCUUCAUGUGGAUAUGUUUCUGUGGAUGUGUACGCUUACUUCUUGCGUGUCACUCAAGACCCUGCUCCUUAUACUAACCUCAGUGGUGUUAAGCUUCUCUAUGCAUUAGUCUACUCAAAUUUGUAUGGUAAGAAACCGCCAUAUAUCUCUUACUUUCUCUGAAUUACUUUCUC